AUGGUGGCGGCGCGGCGGCGGCGGCGGCGCUGGGGGGUGCUGAUGCUGCUGGCGGCAUACGUGGGCUAUCUAGGGCUGGGCGCCGCCGUGCUGCAGGCGCUGGAGCGGCCGGCCGAGGUGCAGGCGGCCCAGCACCUCCUCCGGGAGCACUGGGAGCUGCUGGCCAACCACACCUGCCUGCAGGGGCCCGCCCUGCAGCGGCUCAUCGAGGGUAUCAUCCAAGCAUACAAGAGUGGCAUAACGCUCCAGGGAAACACCACUAGCCUGGGCAGGUGGGACUACAGUGGGUCUUUCUUCUUCUCCAUAUCUGCAAUAACAACCAUUGGCUAUGGAAACCUGAGCCCCAGCACUGCAGUUGGUCGAAUCUUCUGCAUCAUGUUUGCACUUUUUGGGAUCCCCUUGAACCUUGUACUCCUGAACGAAAUUGGGCACCUGAUGCUGCUUGGGGUUCAGCACUGUGCCCGUCGCCUAGAGGAGGUGUUUCACUGGCAGAAUAAAGCUUCCUUCCUGAUGAAGACCUGUGCACUGGUAACCGGCUUGUUAUUGUUCCUCCUGCUACCUCCCUUGUUAUUUUCUGACAAAGAAGGCUGGUCUUAUGAAGAAGGCUUCUACUAUUCCUUCAUUACCCUCAGCACUAUUGGGUUUGGAGACUAUGUGAUUGGGAUGAACCCAGAUCGCACCUAUCCAAGCUGGUACAAGAAUGUAAUCUCUCUGUGGAUCCUCUUUGGGAUGGCCUGGCUAGCACUGGUUAUCAAAUUUUGCAUCAACAUUCUAGAGAGCUCCAGUGACUUCUGUCAAUGCAACAAGAAGAACAUGGAGAUGGCAGAAGAUUUAAUGGAUGGUAACAAAAAUAGCAUGACUGGACUUCAGAAUGCGGAGAUCUGCAGUGACAAAGACACAAAAAUGAAAGGACCAGUUGAAUCUCACUCUUACAGAGCUCCUACAGAAGCCCUCUAGGGAAGAAAAAUGUUUUUGGUGUCCUGUAGGUUUUAGUGCACAGAGGUGAACCAUUAGAAAUGUGUCAGUGGAGCUGUCCUGACCUGUGAAUGGGGUGAAAGUUCGCUUAUUGAGUUUGAAAUGCUUUUAUUUUUAAUUGAGCAAUGACAGAAUGUUUCAUUUCCAGCACCACCAAGUACUACCAACAGGACUCUUAGCUGAAAGUAGAUUUAAGGAAAUAUCACCUACCCUCCCACCUCAGCUUAUGAGGUAAUCUUUGGCAUCCCUGAGCAACACCAGCUGUUGUCCAUUUCUUUAUGUGAUUCUUGCAGCCUCUAGUUAUACGUAUGGCACUUUGCAAAUGCCACAGCCAUAAAAACAAGUGCCAUUUAAUGCAGGAAACAAAUGGCAUAUUGCCAAAAGAAAUGAAAAGCACUGUUUAAAGCUAUCUGGCAGUCAUGGCAGAUGUGCACCAUCACCUAUAUACUUGUGCUUGCAAAAGGUGGUAACAUGGUUUUGCUCUCUGAUCAUUCAUAGAGGGAUGGCAAUGAGGAAGAGCUUGUUGAGGUGCCUGAUAAAAACAGAUCAUUCCAUUUCUUAAAAAAUAAUUUCUACAUCAAAAGUCUGCUAACAGAAAGAGACUGGGUAUGCUAUUCCUUACUUCAGUCAGAACUUGUGUGUUCAUUCUUUGAAGUAUUUUGCAGACCAGAUGUCAUCAGCUGAAUGUGACAGUUCAUUUCUAUUUUAUCACAUUUCAGAUUUGUAUUUUGUCACAUCUUGGAAGUCAGAAAAGGAGGACUAGAGGCAAUUUUAAAAGUCAGUGGUUCCAACAUUUUCCUAUUGCAAAUAUUAACAAGGGCUACUUCAGUCUAGAAACUGAAUUUUCUUCAACUAUGGUCAAGAGAUGCUAUUGUGAUGAACUUCUCAUGUCAUGAAUGAUUAGCACACAUGUUCUAUCUAAUAUCCUGUAUAUAAUCACAACUGUCUUUGAUCUGUGGAAUGACAUGUUUAUUUGGUCUUUGUGUCAGUCAUGAAACAGAACUUAGUUGGGUCUUUUUAGUUCCAUUAAAUUCUCAAAAAUCUUUUGAAAUAGUAUGCCAUUUAUAAAGGCGCAACAGAGUCUAACUCCUGGUGCUGUUUGUAUUCCGUUAUCUGUUCUUCUCAUUUUGUAGUUCCUGUUGUGCUAUUUGCAUCCUAAGCAUUAACUUUGAAAACUUCACCAUAGCAGCAAAUCAGAAUGAAGCAUUUGGUUGAACCUUCAGCUUUUGCAAUGAACCAAGGUUCGAUGGGGUUCUUAGAGAAAAGACUGAAAACAGAGUCUAUUGGAGUAUGGGGCUGAGGAAUUAGAAAUAUCCAUAGCUAUGUUCACAGAAAUGGAGUGAGUGAAAAGUGUACAGUCUUCAGGAAAGCAAGUUCUGAAACAUACAUUGUGAAAAAAGUGUUUCCAGAAGAGGCCAGUCUGAGUAUUGAUAUCUGGUGGAACUGAUUACAGAAAAAAAUGUAGCAAAAGCAUCAACUGAAUGAAAUUCAGUCUGAUGACCUUUUUCUGAUUGCAUAGAAUUAAAUGUUCUCACAAAUACUGUUUGAAGGGGCAGCAGUGAUCAGGAAGGGAGGCAGUGGACCUCUUGGAUCAUACUGAUGCAAAAUAAAUACAUUUCAAAUUUUUGAACAUUGGGUAAUUUCUUUAAUAACCUUUAGCAUAAACUUUUCUGUUCCAUGUUUCAUCUUGCUUAUUUUCACUGAUGGAUACACAAUGUAGGUUUUAUUGGCCUACGUGAAGAAGAAAGUGUAUUUCUUGAAACAUGAGUAAAUUACAAUUCACUUCACAAAAUCUGAUACCCUUUAAUGCAUAUCCUUUGCACCCUUUUUCACAUACAAAACUUAGUAAGUAUAGGUGUAUUGUAAAAUCCUGAUACCCAGGAGGUAAUAGUUUCUGCUGUCAAAACGAUGACAGGGGUGACUAUGUUAAUCUGUUUCAGCUUUUACUUGAAAUGUCACAGACUCUGGGAAUUUCUACCAACUCUGCUAUUUGAUGAGAAUGCUUGUAGAAGAUUCGUGAAGAGUUUCUUCUUUUGGAUUUGAAUGUCUAUUAUAUUAAUCUCAUUAAUUAAUGUUCUCAUCUAUUUUUAGGCUGUGGGUGGGGUCUUCAAAAGUGCCUUUGAAGUUUAGGCACCCUGGUCCUACUGAAGAGCAGAGUUAUGUGUCUUUGGGCAGCUAAUGUAUAUUUCUGAGAGGCAAAGGGGAGAUGAACUCAAGGAAUAGUCUUGGAAAAAAAAAAAAGGAUGAAAGCCUUUUGCAGAUCUCUGCUUCCACUAUAUAUCAGGGUUCAGCCACAGACUUAGGCACGUGGCUGCGUCUCAUGGUGCCUCAUUAUCUGCCCCAGCUGUCCUUUCUGAGUCACAUCUUUCUGCAGCCCUGCUGGCCAGCCACUCACCACCAGCAGAGUCCUGCCACCCACAGUCUGAUAUCCCAUAUUUUAUGGGAGACAUGUCAGAACUGCUGGCAGGCCACACAUACCUCCAGAGCCACAAGUUCUUGCUUGGAUUUUUGCUCACCAAAAAUUUUAGGAAUAAAUGAGUCAAAUACCAUCUCUGACUGGGAUCUCUGACACUGAAUUAGCAUGUUGUCUCUUAUGAAUAUCCUUUUUCUGACAAUUCCUCUCAGUUAGCUUUCAAUGUGGAUAUUAGUAUAUCCGAGUCCCCACAAAGUGCUGUGCCUCUGGUCUUUCUAUUCUUUAUAAAGAUGUGUUGUGGUUAAAUGAUAUGAAUGUACUUGUUCCCAGGGGGAUGAGAAGAAAGUGGAGUUUUACAACAUCACAAAAACACCAUCAUCAAUGUGUCUACUAUACCAAAAUAUGAAAGGUUAUCUUCUCAAGGAUAAA